AUGUCACAAGUACCUUAUCCCUACCCAACCUCGAAUUCAGAACUCAUCAAACUUCUCAAUCUGAUCCCUCUUUUCGAAGGAGGUUUCUUUUCUCAAACCGUAUACCUCGAUACGGCACCUUCGACCGAUACGAAAACCAAAGAGAUUUCCUGGGGUCCAGCGGUGGACAUAUUGGCUGAUACGAAAACCCAAGGGGAAUUUCUUCAAGGUGAUAGAGUUCCAGCGGCCACACAGAUUUUUUAUCUUUUGACUUCUGAGCAAUAUAGAGGUAAGAUGCAUAUGAACGAACAUGCCACGUUUCAUACACAUCAUCAAGGUCGUUCACUUUACACACUCAUUCAACCUCCUUCUUCAACCGAAGAAAAACCUAAGAUUCACAGAGUUAUCGUAGGUCCUGAUAUCCAAGCUGGUGAAUUACUUCAAUUAUACGUUCCUGGACAUUGGUGGAAAGCUUCUGAAAUACCUGAAGAAGAUUUAUUAUUGUUAGAUUCACCUACGGCUGAGAAAGAGGGAUUGAAAGAUAAGAUAGGUUGUUUGAUUUCUGAAGUCGUCGUUCCUGGUUGGACCAUGGGACAACAUCAAUUUUUAGAUAUUGAAAAGCUCAAAGCAUUAUGGAACGGUCAACCCGAUUGGGAAGAAUUCGAAAAAUACACUCGUGCACCUGAAGGAGUAGCAAUUCCAGAUAAAGAAUGA